AUGAUGGGUUUUAGCCGUAUGGGUAGCGGCGCCGGAGCAAACUCAUCAUCGUCUACAUCAAAUUUAUCAGCCCUAGCACCUCCAUUCACUGUAGAUAGAUCAAAUCCUAAGCCCAAUUCAAACCCUAAUUUGCCUUACCACGACUCGCCUUACACUGCCGAACCCUAUAGCCACGGUUGGGAAUAUUCAAUCCCUUCUGCCCCAAUUGUUUUAGAAUCCACUGGAAUGCCCAGCGUGCCUUUACCCGAUGACCACCGAUUUUCAGCUGCCACAACUGUUAGUCCCACUAUUACCCAUUGGUCCACUUUUAGGCCGGUUGAUAAAGCCUCGACAAGCUCAUUUGCCUCUUGUGGUGAUGUUAAGCCCUAUUAUUCGCCCUAUGUUCCUCGAAUGGUUGGAGAAGAAAGCCCAUUGGUUGAGGUGGAUGUGAGUUGUUACAGUAAAGGGCCCACAUCUCAGAUUCAUUAUACUCGGGGUGUGUGGGAUGUGGAUUAUGAGGCUGAAUGGGCUGGAAAUUUGGGACUUAAUGAUGGAGGAUUGGGCACUGAAAAGAACGAGAAAGUAUCUAAAGAAGGUUCUUAUGGUAUUUCGAGUCAAAUAUUCAACCAGGUGCCUGAUACAGCCUACAAAUCAACCUACUGUGAGUCUCAGCAUUCAGUUCCAUCACAUGAACUGGCACUGCACAAGAAUUUCUUCGACGGUCAGUUCUCAUCUACUAAGUGUAGUAACACUGUUGAUAAGCCCUUUAUUAGCCCUGUGUCAUCAAAUAUGCGUUCCUCUACAACUGUCAGUAGGCUGCCACCUGCUAAUAAUGGUUACAAUAAACACUGCACUUUUGCCCGUGAGUCCAUUCCAUGCGACAGUGUCGAAAGUGUGCAGAGUGCAAAUUUCGGAUCAAUGUCUAAUUCCCAGUUAAAAGAGGGCUCAUCUGAAAUGAGCCUUUUCGGCAUUUCCAAUGAAGGGAAUUUCCUUUCUCCACCAAAAGAACUUUCGACUCCACUGCAGUCUAGCGGUUCUCUUGAUCGUAUGUGUAAGACUGGAUUUGGGUCUCAAUCACAUGAUGAAAGUAUCUAUGGUGGGUUUAAUGUGGCUGGUGGUAAUAGUGUUCAAACAGUAAAGUGUAAUGAAAAUUCUUUGGAUUUUGUUGUGGAUUCACCUUGUUGGAAAGGCGCGUCAUGUUCUCAAUUUUCAACAUUCGAUAUCGAAGCUGGGAAUUCGAAUAAUUUUAAGAAAAAUAUGGACGGAUAUUAUGGGUCCAAUCAUGAAGCACAGCAGAAGAAUCUCGACUCGGUCAUUGAUAUCGAUCGAACGUUUUUCGGGAAAGCUAGUGAAGAAAGCAAAGGUAACAUUGGGAAAAAUGAAUCUGAUGCUCGUUGUUCAAGUGAAGAUCAUAGUUUAUUGGGUGAUGGAAAAUGCAGAGGUUGGGUUGCAAAAGAAAACGAGACACUGAAUGAACCCGAUAUGCCAAGAAAACAAUCUGUCCUUGCAAAAGACUUGGCGGGUGAGUUUGAUGUGAAAAUUCCUGAUGCCAAGAACUUCAUUGAUAAAGUUGCUAAAACGAUUUCUCUAAAUGAUGUCACUGAAGGCGGUUUUGUUGCUGUUCAUGCUGCCGAGAAAGUUCUAGCAUCGCCUGCUUCUCAAGAAGAUGCCAAUGAGCAAAUUAAAGAAACUGACUGGAAAUUGCAUGUGCCAACAGUGUUAAAGGCAAUGCAUAACCUUUCCGAGUUGCUUAUGUUUCAUCUUGCUGGUGAGUCGUGCUCUCUGGAGAAAGAAAAUAUAGAGACUCUCGAGAACACAAUCAGCAACCUUAAUUCCUGUCUGCAUAAUAAAAUCACUGAGGCGUCUGAGAAGCCGAAAUUAAACAAUCCUGCUGGAAACAAUUCUGGCAAACUUUUGGAGUCUGGUAACAUGGUAUGA